AUGACUCGCAACUGGACCCAUCUCGUGCGCUUCCUCGCCAAGGAGGACGGCCAAAUCCACCUUGGCCAGAUCGACGCGAAGCAAGUCCCCGACCUUGGUCUUGCUCUCGAGAAGGGCGAGACCGUCACCGCGAAGCUCGUCACGGGCAACGCUUUCGACGGCGUUGUGACCGACAAGGCGCUGACCAUUUCCACCCUCCUCUCGCCUCUGUCCUCCGACGAGGUCCCCAUUAUUCGAUGCUUGGGACUCAACUACAGGGAUCACGCCAAGGAGGCGAGCAUGCCCAUCCCCAACGAGCCCGUCCUCUUCAUCAAGCCCCGAACCGCCCUUAACGGCCCUCACCCGGCCAGGAUCAAUAUCCCCAAGAUUGCUCAGGACGGCACGAGCGAUUACGAGGCCGAGCUUUCAUUCGUCAUCUCCAAGACUGGACGGGAUAUCCCCAAGGACCAGGCCCUCGAUUACGUGCUUGGUUACACGGCCAGCAACGAUGUGAGCGCCCGCGCUCAGCAAUUCAAGAACAGCCAGUGGUGCUUCUCCAAGGGUCUUGACGGAUCUUGCCCCAUCGGACCCGUGCUGGUUGCCCCAUCCGCCAUCUCUGACCCACUCAACCUUCACAUUCGUGCGAUACUCAAUGGCCAAACCGUCCAGGAUUCCAACACCAAGGAGAUGAUCUUUGACAUCGCCACCACCAUCUCCUUCCUUUCCCAGGGUACCACCCUCGAGCGCGGAACCAUCAUCAUGACCGGCACAGGCCCCGGAAUCGGCGCCAUGCGCAACCCUAAGAUCGACCUUAAGCCCGAGGACGACAUGCGCGUCGAGAUUGAGCAGAUCGGCACUCUCAUCAACAAGGUGUAUUACGAGUAA